GCGCGUCACUCAAGGUUGCGUGACAUGCGAGGACCGCGCGCGAGCGGCUGUCCUGGCAUUUUGGCCGAAAUCCGGCGGCUUUGAGAUGUUUGGGGGGCAUUGUUUUGGGGAAGGUGUGCGGUGGGGGAUGGGCACAGACUAAUGGUACCAACAAAAAGUUUAACCACUUCGCCGACCUCACUGACAUGGCUGAACGCGCGUGCUGGCAGAUGUUCCGGAGUCAGAUCUGGCUAAUUUAAAAACCCGAUUUCCGGGAUCUUUUUAAUCUGUCAGCCGAACGGCUUCUAUUUGUGCUUUUGAUUUGAAGACGGCACUUUGAGCGUGAUCGAUGUUGUUGUGGCGAGGAGUAGUUCAAUCAUUUUCUUAUUGGCGGAGUCUGGCUGACCCCCCCCCCCUUACUGUCAGCGCUGGUUCAGUCUGGCUCGCCCCCAGUUCGUGCAUUUGUCCCGGGAUGACCUGUUGAUGUCUGUGAAAUAAGAUAAGGUGGGGUAUCCGAACUAGCGCGAAAUCGCCAUGGAACAUUAACUUUGAAAUCCCGCGGACUGAAAAGUAUGCACUCGGGUGUUUUUGGGAUGCUAAUACCGGCUGCUCAUUGAAUCGUUGGGAGAUUCUUGAUUGUUACCGUUGUAACGGCGCGGCGUGGUGAACGGGGCGAACCCUCGUUUCGGCGGACCCGUCUAGGCCCGAGGAUGUAGGCACGCUCGCUCUCGGUGCGGUGCAUUGGCAAAGACGGGACAAGAGCGGCAAACUUGCUCGUUUCGUGCGACGCGACGCGCCUCUUCCCCCCGCUGCGUUUGUGCUCGCUCGCAUGUAGGUGCUGCAUUUCUCACAGAGUGGCUCAUAGCGUGCGCUUUUGCCAUCGUUCUUCACCCCUUCACGGGCCGUGCCAGUGGAGAACUCCGGACAGACGGGCAGAUUGACUGACACACGGUUAGCCUGCCGCCGACACAGCCUCAUAGCGCCGCUGUACUGGCAGGUCUGGCGGCCAAAGAUUUCUCUGGUGGUGCUGGCCAUAGCGCCAUGGCUCAGACCCUUCAGAUGGCGAUCCCAAACUUCGGCAACAAUGUCCUGGAGUGUUUGAACGAGCAGCGGCUGCAGGGGCUGUACUGCGACGUGUCCGUGGUGGUGAAAGGCCACACCUUUAAAGCCCACCGCGCCGUGCUGGCGGCCAGCAGCUCCUACUUCCGUGACCUUUUCAACAGCAGUGCGGGCAGCAAAACCCCUACAGUGGUGGAGUUGCCGCCGGCCGUACAGCCGCAGAGCUUUCAGCAGAUCCUGGCCUUCUGCUACACCGGCCGCCUCAGCAUGAACGUCGGAGACCAGUUCCUGCUCAUGUACACGGCCGGCUUCCUCCAGAUCCAGCAGAUAAUGGAAAAGGGCACGGAGUUCUUCUUGAAGGUCAGCUCGCCCAGCUGCGACUCGCAGGGCCUCCAUACUGAAGAAACCCCUCCGUCGGAGCCUCAGAGCCCUGUUACCCAGACGGCGGCGGGUGCUGCGGCUAACGGUGGAGGCGGGGUGGUGGCUACGGCGGCCAGUCGACCCGCUUCCUGCUUGACCCCCUUGCCCCUUGUCUCUCGGGUGAAGACGGAGCAGCCAGAGGCCUCGCCGUAUUCAGUGGUUUGCACGCCAGUGGCCAAGCGGCUCUGGGAAGGAGGCAAUCGAGAAGGCGGCGGAGGCUCGGGGGCGGCCGGUGGAGGAGGGAUGAGGAAGGCGGCUCGCUUUUCCCAAGAAAUGGCACGAGGAAGCGCCAUUCAGCAGCAAGGUAGCAUGGGACUUGGUAUGGGUCUUGGAAUGGGCACAGGGGGUCAUGGUGGAGGAGGAAGCACCAAUGGCAAUGGCAACGGCACAAGCAGUGCCACCCCUGAAGGCACCAGCCCUGGUACUUUGAGUGCCUACGCCAGUGAUUCGCCCAUCUCUUACCACGAUGAUGAGGAAGAGGAAGAGGCGGUGGAUGACGGCACUGAAGAGCAGUACAGGCAGAUCUGCAACAUGUACACCAUGUAUAGCAUGCUCAACGUGGGUGCUACAGCAGGCGAGCGUGUGGAGGCCUUGCCGGACCACUCGGAGACCCGACCCAGGAUGCGCGGCCGACAGGAUCUUGCCUCUCUCCCCGCUGAGCUCAUCGCUCAGAUCGGCAACCGCUGUCACCCUAAACUUUAUGAAGAAGGUGACCCUGCAGAGAAACUGGAGCUAGUUUCAGGCACCAGUGUGUACAUCUCACGAGCUCAGCUGAUGAACUGUCACGUCAGUGCGGGGACCAGACACAAAGUCCUUCUGAGGAGGCUACUGGCUGCUUUCUUCGACAGGAGUACUCUGGCAAACAGCUGUGGAACUGGCAUCCGCUCCUCCACCAAUGACCCCAGCCGUAAGCCGCUGGACAGCCGAGUGUUGCACGCAGUCAAGUUUUACUGCCAGAACUUUGCCACCAGCUUUAAGGAGAGCGAGAUGAACGCCAUUGCGGCGGACAUGUGCACUAACGCUCGGCGCGUGGUGAGGAAGAGCUGGAUCCCCAAGCUGAAGCUACUGAUGGCGGAGGGCGAUGCCUAUGCCAAUUUCCUCCCCGACAGCAUCAAGAUGGAAGCAGACGGCCUCGGCGGCGAGCCUGCCUUCGAGACGGCAAGCCUGGAGGGCGGCGCUUCGGUGGAGACCGGAGGAUCCUCGGGCGAGUCUCUGCAGGGUGUGGGCGGAGACAACGGCACUUUGUUUCAGUGAGCGACCUGGCGAGGAAAGCCCUGCCCCAUCCCCUCUGCCGCCCCACCACCUACCCGCCUCCCACCCCGCUGCGUGACUCUGGGCUCUGCUGCUUCUGCCUGGGAUGGGAAAGGGAGAGUCGGGUAGGGGAUUGGAGGAGAUUGCACGGUCUAGCGUCGGGAGGAACACAAGGGGUUGAUGCCAGGGGCGCCAUUUUCUUUUCAAUCAUUUUUGUUUUGCUGAAUAACCCUCUUUUGCACAGAAGAUCCCCUUUGCCUCCAAGUAAAUCUAGUCACCGAUGCUAUAGGAAUGCGUAAUUAGGACCAGGAAAAGUUCUUGCGGCGGGAGGGCCGAGGUUCCCUGAUCUCACUCUACUGAAUUUGAAUGUAUUUGUGAUUUUGUAGCACCUGGCUAUGUCAGACUAGCCGAUUGUAUUUGGCCCAGGAGGGAGACAGGAAAAAUGAUCUGAAGGAACAGCAGAUGGAGAAAGUAGUGAGGGAGGAGAGGAGAAAGAGAAGUAGGUGGCAUAUUCUGUCUCUCGUUCUGUCUAAAACGGAAAGAAUCUGAUAUCCUCCUCUCCUUCCAUUCCUCCCAAAAUAUAUGUGGGAUCUUAGUCUGCCACGUUCUUUGUUUUUUAUGUCGCCGUUUUCUCCUUUCCCCUUCUACUUGUUCCACUGUGUGAGAUUUAUAUGAAUCCAGAGAUGAUGAAAGAUGAUUAAGGACUGUAAAGGAUAAAAAUAUAUUUAUCUGCUCGCACCUUUAGAGCUCGAGAGAGAGGGAUUGUUUUAAAAUCUCUUUUUGUGUUUUUUUUUUUUUACCUUUUUUUUUUUUUUUCCUCAAAUGUUUCUCAAGAGACACCUUGUUGUUGGGCUUUAAAUGGAAAUAGUGAGAAAAAAUAAGGACUAUUUUUGCAUAAGGAUUAUCUUGCAUUUCAAAGACUGGUGCUUGGCUUGUAUCUCGAUCACGUUCAUGUCCGUAGCUGAAUUCUGAUUGGCCGUUUAGACCAGCGAUGUACAAUUUGCAGAUUAAAGGGGUACUUUAUCCAGAAAUGUAAAUUCUGUCAUCGUUUCCUCACCCCCAUCUCAAUUCUAUUUUCAUUCAGUGAGAGGCCAGUGGGGUUCAGAGCUGUUACGGACCCCAUCGACUUUCAUGGCGUGCGCAUAAAAGCAUUCUUUAAAAAUAUCUUCCUUUUAUGUUCCACUGAAGAAAUAAAGUCAGAAAGGUUCAAAAAGACUCGAGGGUGAGUAAAUUAUGCCCGAAUCGGAUAAGCUAUCCCUUUAAGAGAAAAGAAAAAUCGUGUAGGACAUAAAAACAAAGUGUUUUUAGUCUGUAAACCUUUUUAGCUUUCUUCCCCCCCCAUUAUCGCACACAAACACGCUUUUUACAGCCCAGGGGGAAGGGAGGUUGUGCUUCUUAUUGUUAGUCACUUUACUGUCUUAAGGUUCGGGCCUGACUUUGUGUGUGUUUGGGAGCGGAGGAGGGUUUACAUUGCCUGUGUCCCAGGAGAGGAGGAGCAGAAUGAUUAAGUCUCUUCAUGUUGCCCAUGUCCCUGUUUGGGCAGCUGUGUGUGCGUGUGUGUCUGUCUGUGCUCGCUUAGGCAAGCAUGUCUGUGUCCGCACAAGUCACCAUCUGUAUACAUUCCUUGCACAUAGUUGGCACUGUGCGUUUGCAUGUGGGUGAUGUGUUGAGUCGGGGAUUUAGGGUAUGUUUGUUUCUGCGUUUGUGCGCCCAAGGCGCCAUACGGAUGCUUUUAAGGAAAUUCGGCCGUCUGAAAGUUUGCCGUAACCCGUGAACUUUUGCAUAUCCCAAAUUUCCAUCGGGAUUUGAAUGGGAUUGCAUGUGAUGUCUUAAUGUGUGCUCAGGCUUGGGUUUUAAACACACAUGCCUCACGAAAACAGAAAUUCGAUACGGUAGGCUAUUUUAAUAUUUCAUGCCUGAGUUAUUAGGCUGUGCUUCUUUGUAUAAGUCGUGUUUUGUUUUUUUUGUUUGUUUUUUUUUAUUUUGCCCGUCUGAUCUCCUGGGACACAUACAGUAGCCGCCCCCUUUCUGACAGAGGAAAUGGACCUCUUUGCACCUUUUCGUAGACUGAACUAGAGCUUUUUGCACCUUUUUUGUAGAGGAGAGUGGUGGAUUGUGCACCUUUUUUGUAGAGUGUAAUCGAUGGUUUUUGGACUAAACUUCAUGGAUGUGUAUGUGUCGGUAUCUGGCCCGGAACAGAAUGCACCCCUGCGUCUGCGGCCAGCCGUGCUGAAUACUGAUGUAAAUAUCGAAGAGACUGUUGAACAGAUUUUGACCACGUUUUUAACAGGUCGCUCGUCUUUUUAAUUGAUGGCUUACAUUAGGUCUUUCACCCCUCUUGUUUUAGCUCAUGUUUUUAUUUCAUUUCUUUUAUUUGCAUAACCAAGUCUGGCUUACCUGCUGUUUGUAUAUCUGGAAAUUGUAGUUUUUUUUUUUUUCUGGCUUAAGAGUCGUAGCAAAUAAAGUGAACUCCUGGCAAGUUUACUACUUAAAUGCAGUCUGGUUCAGGUCUGACCGGUGACCUUGUUUCUUUUCCUUUUCUUUCGGACCAGAAAACAAUAAUGCCUCUUGUGUAGAAAUGUAUAACAUUUGAGAAGCCUGCGAAAUCAACAUCUGGGAACGUGCAUGCAUCCAUUUCCUUCUCCGUUUUAUUUCUCCAUUCUUUUAGCAGACCACGUGUACUGUAUUUACUUUUCAACUACUACUAAUUCAAGGUGAAAGAGUUGACUUGCCAAGUUUUUUUAAGGAUACAAUAUAGAGUUGUUUGACUGAUGAUAGAGUACUGAGUAUUUUUUCAUUUCUUUUUAUCGACUAAAGUGCUGGGAAAGUGGGGGGCCAUGGUGAGGGAUGUACUGGUGCUAUGUGUGCUAUUCUUUAGAUGUUAAAGGCCUGCUGGGUCACUGGUGCCUUUUCAGGAGGACUGCGGGAGACGAACUGCGUGUGUAUCAGGGUGGGGCGCGGAGCGGCGGUGCUUCUCUCUCUCCUCUCGCCGGCUAUGACUGUGCCAGUGUUUAUGCGUCCUCCAUUUUGAUGGCACAGAUCACAUAUGCUGCAUGCGUCGCUGGAGAGGAACCGCUGUGUCCAUGCGCCACCUGCUGUCUGUGUGUUGUUACUGCAGCUUAGAUUUACUUCUUACAGUCAACACCAGGGGGUGUCAUGCCUGAGAAAGAUGACUCUUGGUGGCCACAAAAAAAAAAGGCCUUUCUCUUACUAGAAAGCUGAAGGUGACGUGUGUAAUUUGCUUUUUUUCAGUGUAAAAAUACAAGUAAGCCAUUUGGUUUUACUUUAAUUUCCCCCCCCAAAAGGCGUAACACUGUGGCUCUGUGACGCUAUCAAAAGUUGCUCUGUUUGUUUGAGCAGCCAGCGCAAAAGAGCAUCAACCCACGAUAAGUUCAAAAUCAUUGUUUUUAAAUUACACACUUCACCUUAAAAGGUUUUUUACUUACUUAGCCUCGCCUGGUAUGAAAGUGGGAAUGAAGGGACCAGUGUUGAUCAAAAAAGGCCGGGACGUCCAUAUCUGUCUGCCUAUCUGUCUGUUCUCUGUGCCUGGGUAAAGCACCUUUUUCUGGGGUUUGUGUUCGUAGACUCCUCGGCACCUUGCAAUUCAGUCUGACUGUGUCACGGAGCUCGGAGAGCAGAUAGAUGGCGGACACCUGAGUGGGUGGAGAAAGAGCGUGAGAGUUUUACUGCCCAUAAGUCUUGUCAUUCUUCCUUGUAACACAGUUUGUUGGGGUACUGUGCAUUGUAGAUCAUUGUGAAUUUGUAACCUGGUGGAUCGCUGACAGCAUGCCAGAGAAGAGUACGGCGCGAUGUAUUAAAAAUUGAACUCUUUUUAUAAACGGUGACUGUCUCUCCUCUCUGCAAAAAGGCAGAAACCGGGUCCGUCUGUUGUGGAGAGACGGGCUGGCUGUAUUUUGCAGGUUUUCCUUUGGCUUGCAGUUUUCGCUAUUUUUAUUUUUUUUUGUCAACCUAAGCCUCUUUACCCAGAAUGCAGCACUGCUAUUCCACUCUAAAUAACAGACAUACCACAUAAAGAUACUCUCACCUCUUUCUCUGCGUGCUGCGUUCUCUUCCAGCACACCUCAACACUCUGCUUUCAGUCUUUCCCUGAAAUGAGACGACGAUGAUGAUGAUGAUUAUAACCCAACUUUGCAAAUGUUUUGGUAAAGUAACGUGUGACAGCCGGACAAAUUGGCGUCCGGACAUAGCAUCACGAAUUACAGAGAAAUACAGACAGGAUGGGGAUGACAUCAGCUCGCUUGAACACUCAAAACAACAAACUGGUUGUGAACCUUUUUUUUACGAUGCAGUGUCUCACUUUCUAUGAAUACAUCCCUAUACAAAUCUAUAUACUGUAUAUUACAUAGAAGCACUAAUGAAGUUUGAUUGUUAGUCGUGCACUCUCAGCAUGAGUUGUAACCCAUACCCAGCUGUGCUCAUGCAGUGACCCUGUAACGCCAGUGCUCAUCCACUCCAUUCUGUCUGUGUUCAAAGUGCCAAUAACUUUGUGAAUCCCUAACUGUGACCCAAUAUUAUCAAAAGUAAUUGCACAUUAACUACUGUAAAAAAUGAGUAAGAGAAAAGUCAAAGGAUACAGCUGAAUAUCUUAAUAAAAGUUUGUAACAAAG